GUUCUUGACUUGGGAUCGCCCUGAGGGUCGGCCGCCCAGUUUGCUUCGUCUCGCAGGAAAAUCCUAGAGCCUCUGCCUGGAAACAUCUGAGACAGAGAACAGAUGGCACUGUGAUUUCUGACAAUUGUGAACAUGUUUUCCCCCCAACUGUGUCUGUGUGUGUUUGUGCUCUUUUAGCUAUCCAGACCUCUGCUCCUGUAGACUGUACACCCUUGGGUGUGUAUUUGUAUGAAUGAGAGAGUGAGAAAGAAAGAGAGAGACAGAGGAAAUGCAUGUGUUUAUGUUCUUUUCAAGCCUACUUGCUGCUGCGGGUCAGACCCAUGGAAUCAUCAUGGAUUAAAAGCACUGGGAAAUGCGCCACAGGUCCAUCACUCAACGCACUCGGAUCCAAACGAGUACAACAGGGUGUUGACAGAUCUUCUCUUUUAACGCUGAUCUCAGAGCAGUAUUCCAGAAUCCCUUAUUACGAUGGGAAUUUGAAUGCAGAUGAGAGCGACUGCUCUGAAUUCAGCACAUAUGGGAGACUAAGCGUGAAACGGCACCGGCGGGGCCCAUGGGUCAGGGAUGAUGAUGAACUGACGGAACGCAUGGAGGAACUGAACUAUUUGUCCUGAAAUGGCUCCAACAUAUAAAAGACCCUGCAGUAAAGACCUGCAAUGCUGCCCAUUUCUCCUGUUCCUCUCCUGUUUCUACUACUGUUGGCUCUGCAGAGCAUCUGGUCAUCUGCUCCACAGGAACCGAAAGUUCAAGGCUCACCUCAGCCAGAAAUCUCCAGCUUACAUCUCCCCACCUGGAGCCUGGGACUGCAGCUGUACAGGUCGCUCCGCACCGAUGGUUCCAAGACCAACACCUUCAUCUCCCCGCUUCUGUUGGCCAACUCUCUGCUGGCUGUGGGAGGUGGAGCUAAUGGAUCCACAGUAGGCCAGUUUCAUGAUCUCCUGAGGAUCACCAAAAAUGAAAAGGCGGUUGGAGAAGCUUUGACCAGGGCACUGAAAUCUGUGUUUGAAGCUAAUGGAACCAGCUACACAUUGCACAGUUCCUCCGCACUGUUUUCCAAACAAGCCCCUGAACUGGAGAAGAGCUUUCUGGAGAAACUCCAGACCCACUUUGGGUUGCAGCAUGUGGCCCUGGAGGAUGCACAGAAACACACUGACAUGGAGAAGCUCCAGUCCUGGGCUAAAAGUGGGAUGGAUGGGGAAGAGACAGCAGCUUUGGAACAGGCACUGGAGACCAAACCUGGAGCCAUGAUUCUAGCCAAUGCACUGCACUUUAAAGGAUUUUGGGAUCGAGGCUUUUACCACGAGAAGCAAGAUUUGCGCAGCUUCCUGGGUACCAAAUACACUAAAGUUCCCAUGAUGCACAGAUCAGGUGUAUAUCGUCACUACAAGGACAUGGAGAACAUGGUACAGGUGUUGGAACUGGGGCUGUGGGAAGGGAAGGCCAGCAUGGUGCUGCUUUUGCCCUUCCAUGUGGAGCUUUUGGCUCGGCUGGACCGUCUGCUGACCCUGGAUCAGGUGGAGAAGUGGUUGGGGAAACUAAACUCCACAAGUAUGGCAUUAUCCCUCCCGAGAGCCAAGAUGAGCAGCACGGUCAAUCUACAGAAGCAGCUGGCCACAUUGGGCCUGGUAAAUGCAUGGCACGAGACGUCAGCUGAUUUCUCCGCCGCAUCAAGCAUGGGACGGGGGAAGCUCCACUUGGGAGCCGUGCUGCACUGGACGUCCCUUGAACUGGCCCCUGAGUCUGGCAGCAUCGACGGUAUGCAUGAGGAUGAGGAAGUGGAGAAGCCAAAAAUCUUUUAUGCGGAUCAUUCCUUCAUUAUACUAGUUAGGGACAACAGCACUGGUGCAUUGCUCAUGAUAGGUGCUCUGGACCACACUGACGGCCCUGCAAUUCACGACGAGCUGUAGAGCCAAAAUACUUCACCCUCUGGCACUGACAGUCAGCUAAAGAGCCAAAAUGGCUGACCUACAGGUAUUGACAAUAAACUGACCCACUUAUCCACUGCAAAGCCACUGUCUUUCAUCUGUUGUUUUUGUGUUACGCUUUAGUUGUUUUACAGAUAUGAAAGAGCUUAGGAUAGGAUGUAAUUAAACUGAUGUGUAGGCCAGCACGGAAUCUGCGCCCACAGAAUUAUUCCUCAGGUUUCGAUAGAAUUCGAAUGUCUUUUAUUCACGUCCUAUUCAACUAGUAUUUUUGUUUAUUAAAUAUUAGGGUUUAUUUGAAAAAGCUUUCAGCAGCUGUCAUGAGUGAAAGUCACAGAUCUGUUAGAAGAGAGUCGCACAACAGGUUAGAGAUUUUUAAUUGAUCAGAAUCUAGAUUUUAAUUGUUCAUGCUAAUUUCUGUAUAUUUUUAUAACCCUUGCUUUCAUCUAGCAUUCACUUAUACUUAUAAUACUGUUAAAUAUAUAUUUUUAAUUAGAUCUCUUAAUGAAUUAUACUUUCAAUAAUACUUUUAAUUAUUAGUAAUUGCCUAAAUGGAUGGCUAAACAUUUAAAAUUUAAUUGUUUUUUUUUUUUGUUUGUUUUUAAUUUUUGCAUAAAUUUGAUUUAAGUUGAAAUUUCUUUUUAUCAGUUAUCAGCUAUAACGUUAAAAUAAUUAUGUGCUUAUCAGUAUCGGUCAAAAUAUCGUGCAUUCCUAGUUUGCAGCUGCACAAACUGAAAGUUUAUAAAAUGCAUUUUAUAAUGCAGUUUUUAAUAUUAUUAUGCAAUUGUUUUAAUAUGUAGUCAAGGCUUUAUUCAAGCUAUCAAACAAAAAAAAAAGACAGACUUGAUACUGAAACAUCAACUAUAAACAAAGUAUUUUCUAGCCUAUUUUGUGUGUGUCCGUCAACGAUGAUGUUUGAUUAAAUUUGAAUUUAAGGAUGCUGUAUGUGUCCAGUGUGUGACUCCCUUUACACCAGAUUCGUGUUUCACUUGAUGUUUAUUUCUGCAGUGUCACAUUAGGUAGCCCUACCCAGUGAAAUCUCACUGGUCCAAAAUCCGGUUCCAAUCAGUGUGAAGAUUCUGUGUGGGCCUAAUGAUCUAGUUACAUUUGAAAUACCCUGUGUGAAGUUCUUGUGGUCAGUUUGUGCACUAGUACAGUACAUGCGUUUCUAUGUCUGCAAGUCAUUCACAGCAGAGACACUGACUGACAGCAACACUCACAGUGAUAGACGUGCACCACGAUGAGAUCGUCAGUGAGAAGCUCUGAAACCAGUGUGGUGGGUGUCAACUACACUCAUAUCGACACACUGACACAACUCAUUCCCUACUGUUACUGUAAGGAAACCCACCAUGGUGACAGCCGAGUGAACACAUGCUGAUGCUGAGAUACUGGAAAAGACACACCACAGACUCUUACACUGCAACGCAAAAUGACUCCAACCACUGUCGACAUGUAAACACUUCUAUAUCUAACAGUGAUGUGUUUUUAAGUUUAGAUUUUAUUUAGGGCCAGGUAAUAUGACCAAAAGCUUAUUUCAAUUCAAGAUAACUAUAUACACUCAAAACAUAGCCGUUUGGCUGAACAUGAUUCAAUCAUGGAUAGUGGUUCCACGUGAUUUAAAUGAGUAAAACCCAAUAGAAUCAACCAUGCACAACUAACUAAAAUCAAUGGUGUUCAUUUGACUUGAAUGAAUGGUUUUAGUUUAACUUAAAUUAAUGGUUUUCAUUUAAAUCAAAUCCUUUCAUUCAAAUAAUCCUACAAUGAAUGCUUCUUGUUUAGUUCUGUGAUUUACAUAACAAACUAAAUAUAACUUUUCUUUACACAUGUGAUGUUCAGUGUUGGCAGUCCAGUAGUGAUACUGGUUUCAUUCAGAAUACUACCAUAGUGGUUGCUUUAUUAUUAAAGGUGGGGUAAGUAGUUUUUCAAAAACAUUGUUUGGAAGUUAGUCGGGCAGACACCAACAAUAAAUGUGUAACCAAUCAGCAUUAGGGGCGUAUGAUGGUUGAGGAGACAGAACAAACAGAAGAUUUGAAAAAAAAAAAAAAUGCAGAAAGAGAGAA